CCGACCGACCCGCCUCUCUCUACGCGCCAACGCGCCUCUAGCACGAGUUUGUUUGGUGUGUGUUUGAGCGACAUUUAUUGCAUUGUUUGCUGCAAUAGUUUUUAUUGGUGUAGUGAUACAGACGUCGUCUAUGUAAUUCGCAGUCGUUCUCCAGACCUGGACAUAGCUUGAGGUGCCCGCAUGACGAGGAUGAACAUUUUACCGGAUGAUGAAGAAAACUGCAAUUUAGAAAACUUGCCGCCAGAAGAAGGCCUUCUGCAAGCUUCGAGAUCUGGCAAAUCUCAGGUUGUACAGGACCUGCUAGGGAGGGCAUUCGCAGGAAGUCUCGCGCUUGACGUGAACUGCAAAGGAACUCAGAAAGCAAACCUGGGAUGGACACCGCUUCACCUUGCAUGCUAUUUUGGCCACUUCGACGUUGCGGAGCUUUUAUUGAAUCAUGGAGCAAAUGUUGAUGUGGUCAAUCACGAAGGGGACACACCUCUGCACAAGGCUGCGUAUACUGGGAGAGAGGGGCUGGUCCUGCUACUUUUGAAGCAUGGCGCGGAUGUCUUUGUUAUCAAUUGUGAGGGCCUUUCUCCCAAAGGUGUGGCAAAGGACUGUUCAACCGCAAACAUUCUUGCAGGGGCGGAAGUUGCUGAUCAGAAGAGGAAAUCGGACCGGUUCUUUGCUGCUGCCAAAGAGGGAAAUCUGGAAACAAUUCAGACUCUGUUGCGCGGGAAUCAUCCUCCGAGCAUCAACUCUGUCGACAGCUUCGGCAACUCGGCAUUACAUUGUGCCGCGUACCGAGACAGAAAAGAAGUGGCAAUUCAUUUGCUCCAGUGUGGCAUCGAUUCGUCUUUACAGAAUGCAAAAGGACAAAUUGCAGCAGACAUGGCAAGGACAGAUGAGAUGCGGCAAGUGUUGCACGUAGCUCCAUUAAAGCAGUUACGCAAAAAUGCUACCAGACACGAGGGACCCCUACUUCGGAGGAAGCGGUUUCUGGGACCACGUCUCGUUUGGGCUGUGCUUGACAGAGGAGUGCUAUCAUUCUUUCGUUCCAGAGCCGAUGCAGUUUCGGGUACAAAGAGGAAACGAUUUCAUUAUCUGGAUGGUGCACACGUUGAGUGUGACCAAACGGAUGAUGCGUCUUUUACGCUGCUUCCCACCGACGGUCCCAUGGAGCGACUCACCGUGCCGGCUGAGUACACCGAAAAAGUAGACAGAAUGAAAUGGGUAACGAAAUUAAAGGAGCACAUCGAGUUCAGUAGUUACUACACGCAUCAAUGGAUGGGCGUGUCAGACAGUGAUGAAGAUGAUGUCGUGACACUUGGCUCUAUGCAAGAAGUAUUAACGAAUGCUCAAGCGCAUCAACAGUUGCUCGAAAGAGGGGUGGAACGGACCUCCGCUAUGCAUGCAGAUUUUGUGAAAGUGCUCGAUGGAGAGGGCAGCAGCAUACGGUGGAUGACAUCUUGCCAAGAGCUCAUGUCUCAGUUCAGAGAACUGCUCCUCAUGUCUCGAACUGUCUCUCAGAGCUUGGGAGGAUGCAUGGUGCUUUUCAAGCAACAGGAGGAGGUGCGGUUGCUGAGACUACAGCAAGAACAGGAGCGUUCACGUGUGUUGCAGGAAUCUCUUAGUGCCUUAGCCAGGGAGAACCACGAUUUAGAGUGCACUUUGAGUUCACCACUUUAUAGUGCAGACUCCCUGGGUUCCGAUGAGGAGUUUUAUGAUGCCUUUGAUGAUGCCAGUGCCAGCUGCAAUGGCUUAGGAGCUCAGAACUCAAUACCCUGUGAUGAGACGUGCCAAGUUGAGGAUUCGCGGACCAACGAUGAUGAUGAUGGUGACGACGCUUCCACAGAGGUGUUUGAGUCCCUUACGUCUUCCACUGCGUCUAUUGGGAAGGGUGACGAACAAAGCAUUUGGGGAAGGGCCCGUCUUCCAGUGCCUAUGUUUUCAAAGAAUGACUUCAGCCUCUGGAGUAUACUAAAGCAAUGCAUAGGAAAGGAAUUAUCCAAAAUCACCAUGCCGGUGGUGUUCAACGAACCGCUCAGCUUUCUGCAACGAAUCUCCGAAAAUAUGGAGUACAGUUACCUCCUAGAAGAAGCAGACAAAGCUAAAGACCCCGUCGACAGGAUGGAGCUUGUGACCGCAUUUGCUGUGUCUGGCCUCGCAUCAAACUUGGAACGCUUGAGCAAGCCUUUCAACCCACUGUUAGGAGAAACCUAUGAACUUGUCAGAGAUGACAUCGGGUUCCGGAUCGUCUGUGAACAAGUCAGUCACCAUCCGCCAGUGAGUGCGUUCCAUGCAGAUUCUCCGCACUUCAAGCUUUAUGGCUCUGUAUAUCCGAAGCUCAAGUUCUGGGGGAAAUCCAUUGAGAUUAAGCCCGAGGGACACCUCACUCUUACCCUUCUUUCUCACGGUGAGACGUACACCUGGGGAAACGUCAACUGCUGCAUACACAACAUUAUUGUGGGAAAGCUCUGGUUCGAGCAGUAUGGAGUCAUGGAGAUUACGUGUCAGAAAUCUGGCUUAACCUCCGCACUCACGUUUAAGCAAGCAGGAUGGUUUUACAAGGACCUCCACAGAAUAGAAGGUUUCAUCUAUAACAAGCAAAAGUCGAAGCUGCGGUUCCUCUAUGGCAAGUGGACGGAUUACUUGAAGUCUGCAUCGGUGAAAGAUUAUGAGGAGUACAUGCAGACCCACGCUCACACGUUCCGGGCUCCCGAUAAUCCGGGGGCAUCGACUGACUUUCCACGGGGCAGCAGUGCUGGGGCUAGUCCAGCUCACACACCCAAAAAGAUGUACGCUAAACUCAACAGCUUCACUCGAUCCUUAACAGGGGGAUCUUCGGGUGAACCUCCUAAGAGUCCCGAACCGGUGGAUUUUGACAAUGGAGAGAUUCCAAAGAGUGACUCUACAUAUUCGCUCGACAUUCCAAACUCCCACAUUCUGUGGCAAGCCUCACCUCGUCCAGAUUAUGCACCUGAGUACUACAACAUGACAUUAUUUGCCAUUGCCUUGAACGAAAUGGAGGACGGCAUGGACAAGUACCUCCCAAAGACAGAUUGUCGACUGAGGCCUGACAUGAGGAAACUCGAAGCGGGUGACUUAGAUGGAGCAGCCGCGGAAAAGAACAGGCUCGAAGAGAAGCAAAGAGAAUCCCGGAAAUACAGGAAAAAGCACAAGCAGCCGUGGGAACCAAAAUGGUUCAAACUCGCAAAAUCUCCACACUCAAACGCGGACGAGUGGCAGUUUACGAAUGGAUACUGGGAUCGGGACUACUCAGGGUGCCCUGACAUCUUCUGAAAUCUCGGCCACAGAUGAAGGCAUAGUAAAGUAUAUCUCAUACUGGACAUGGAUGGGCUCAUGCUACAUUAACUUGGAUUCAUCGCUGUGAACCAAAUGUCAUUUGCUGAAAGUUUCUGAAUACAGAAGGACUUUUGAUCGGGGAGAAUCAAGUGGCCGUGCUCUUGUUGACAUCGGUGUUCUGAACGUGGUUUCCAACGGAAUGCUUUGGACUUAAUUCUGAAUGUUGCGCUCGGUUUUAAGGUUUUUAUUGUGUCUUCAGUGAAUGCUGUUGCGCGAUUUUAAAUAUAAUACGCGUUACCGUCGCUUAGUUGGUACAUUAAAUGAUCCUGAUUUUGGGACAAGUUUGUGCGGUACAAAAGAAAGCGCCGAUGUUUUCGAGUGUGACUAUUGUGAAAUGAACAAAGCUUUCUCUGAUGUUUCUCGAAACAUGAGUGCAGACAGUCUCCGAGGUUACUGAAGUUGUGACUGUAGUCAUUUUGUCCAACAUUAACUCUGUAUGAAGGGGCUACAAGAUCUGGCCUUUCCUCAAAUGGUAGCUGUUACUUUGUAUUUAUAGGAGUGUGGUAUAUACUUGCUAGUUUGAAUGAUAAAGAUGUAAAUGUGUAUAUUUCGUACCUGCAUGAGAUAUCCAGAUUGUGUAUUUAUAUAUAAUGGACAAUGUAAUGUAACGUGCUGUACUUGUACAAGAUAAGGCCUCUACAAGAUACACUUCUGCACAUGAACAUAUUUUUGCACUCACACAGACACACGAGUAUACAUAUGCAACUUUGUUUAUUUUAUAGGAACAUAGCGGAGAAUAGACACUGGUAAGAGUAAUAUACCUUACUGCGGUUUCCUCAUUAUAUUAAUAAAUUAAUAAGGUAUCGCUUACGAAUACAUCAACCGAGCUUUGUUUUACUGAAUAUCCUCGUGGAACAUCGUCACACACACUCAUUUCUCAAGCAAAGCUCAAAAGCAUAAAGAGCAGAAUUUGUGUACACUGUCACGCUGGAACGUUAGUAUGCAGCACUAGGUGUUGUUUAGAAAAAAGUGUAUUAGGUGCACCACAUAUAUUCUUGAUACCUCGUUAAAAUGUGCUGUACGUAGGUUAAGGCUUCAGAACUCAUGCGGCUGCAUGAUAAAGUGGAUUAUGGGUCACAUUCUUCUCAGCUGGACGAAAGGAGGAGAAAACACGUUUUCUGCGAUAUCAUCAACUAGAGCAAAUUAAACGCAAUACACAAGCUUCUACCUGUCAGAGUUUGACUCAGUUUGAAUCUAAAGCAGGAAACGCAGGUGGUUCUCAAACAACCUGUAAUUUGCCAAAGGCAACGUCCAAGAACGUUAUGUACACUUUUGUAUUAGUGUCUGGACAUUGUCCAGCUACUAAAACAAGGAUCGUAUGGGAAGGGAAUGUUGACGUAUGUUUCAAUUUAUAUAGUUCAAGUACUGCGCUGCUGGAGGUUGUGGGAGGGCAGACAGUGCUGUAUGGUGGGGUCAUACAAAUCUUAUUGCUGUUCUUCUAAGUUUCUUCCAUGUCUGUCUUAUUCUGAUGCGGAUCUAAUUUCCACGAGAAUGAGCAUGAAAUGAAAUUUCUAAUUUCCUGAGCGUGAAAAUGUGUCCAUUAAAUGAGAUGUUCAUCCGCUGAGGAUAACCACUCGCGGGACAUCCAUGUCCAUUGGCUUCACUUCAAGUAGUAUUCGGAAUUCUCUACUCGCGUAACUAAUUAAUUUUGUAGCCUUAAUAAUUGAGGCGCAUGUGGACAGGUAAAUGCGCACAGGUACUGCCGAAUUAAGAGUGGCAGUGCAACACGCUAUUGGUGUAGCACUACGAAUGACGGCAUUAUACAUAUUUUAUGCCGCUUGAAAAGCGAACAUGGGCAAGAAUCCUCCGUUAUAUAAACAAAAUAUCUGCAUUACAUUUUUCCUUGCUGUUCAGAAAAAUUGGGUAGCUCACAUUCAUACUUCCCUGGUCAGACUUGCUGCUAUAGGAUUUUUUUUGUACAAACUGCGUGCAUCAUAUACAUUCGACAGAAUCGUCCCAUUUCAGAGAGCUGUUACGUCAUCCACAGUGCCAAAAUUUCUGCUGUUCUCUGCGGCAGCCAUAUUUCCGUUUCACCUGUAUAAAUGGGUUCAUUUAGCAUCUUAACGGACCGAAGAGAUAACAUCUGAGGCAGUGUGGCGUGAAAUGUGAAACGUUGACCAGGAGCAGCUAAAUGUUUCUCCAACCCAUGGCGAAAGGUUCAAUAAAUGACAGUGGAAGGGGAAGACCUGCAAGCACUGCAAACGGAAAACAUGGUCCAACUGGAGAGUCUCACUUGUCAUUCUCUACCAUCGCGUAACAAAGAUUACUUUUUAUUUUUUAAGUAUCAUUUUCAAAACUUAACCUACGCCUCUUGGAAAGUUUUGAGUGUGACUGCCCAGUGGAGUGUACAACUACGAAAGUAAUCAAUUUCAGCCAAUUUUUUUAGAAGCCAUCCCACCUUGUCCAUUUAAUGGCACUCCAAGUGCUGCAUGUAGUUGAAACAGAUGGCACCGUUACAUGAGAACUUUACUUCGGCGUGCACUUUUUAGAGUUUGCACUGUAAUCUGUACAUGUACAUACAUAACCUUGAUGUUGUGUAACAUUAACUGUUCCAGAAUGUACAUAACCAUAGAAUGAAUGUGCAACAGUUCUGAUAACGGUAGAAUUUCGUAUGCUGUUUUAGAAUAUGAUGAGUUUAGAAAAUGCGUAAUUUGUCAUGCAUAUGGUACGCACAGGUUUGAUGGCUGUAUCAGAUCGCAGCUGCUCUUCUAGUUGCUGUUUAGGCACCCAAGACACUUGGAACUAUCAGGUAGGACAGGCAGCCCUGUUUCAACAGGAUUUGUGGAUUCUGAAGUAGUAGGACACACCCCCGUAGAAGAGUUCAGUUACAUAUUUAAACACAACUGGCAGUGAAACUAACUUUGUGUUACCUUGGUGAGGUCUUUACGCGUGUUAUGGAAAUAGCACUGUGCUUGAAGUUAACAACUGACAGCCCUGUUUUACAGAAUUGAGCUUUCAGUGCUCACAAACUUGUUUUGAUGCCAUAUUGCAGUGAAAAUCCCUGAUCACUGUCGUGUCAACAUGUCACUCAAACGAAUAAUUUAAAACAUGCACUGAGCUACUACAGGUAUUCCCACUCAUUUUAGUCCAAGUGCCACCUGAAAUAAUCCAGGCGCCAUUCAGCUUAAUCCGGGUGCCAUCUGAAUUAAUCCAUGGUGCUUUUAAGCACUAUAACCGUUUUUUCGCAUGAGGGACAUCCCUCUGGAGUAUUCUACAAACAUGUAGAGGCAGAAAAAGUAAAAAGCUGCUGACGGGCCUGAAGUUCUGCCGCGUCUUAUGUUGAGCAUUUGCGCGGCACAGAGAUAUUGGGAGUUGGCAAGCAGGAGUAUAGCUGACGACACCAUUGGUCACGUCUGCUACGGAAUAUCUUGGGACUAAUCUGCAGGAUAUUACCAGCGGUUAGCAGAGAGUGAAAAGGCACGAUGCCCAUAGCAGACGUCACCAUUGGUCCCGUCAUUUGCUACGGAAUAUCUUGGGACUCAGCCGCACCAACGGUGUCGUUUGCCAUACUCCUGGGAAUGCCCAACAUAAUACGCGGCAGAACAUCUGUCCCAUCAGCAGUUUUUUUUCUUUACUUUUCCUUGCUCUAGAAUAUUCUGCGGGGAUGUCCCUCGUGUGAAUACGUGGUUAUAGCGCUUAAAAACACCAUGGAUUAUUUCAGAUGGCACUUUGACUAAAAUGGGUAGAUAUUGUCUUGUAUUGCUACCUGGAGGAUGGGGAAAGUCGCAAUGCUUGACCACAUCGCAUAACUUGUCUUGCUCGGGUAUUGUGGGACCUGUAAUUCCGCUCCUCUUCAAGUGUUAGUUUGCGAAUUUGAAUGACAUUGUACCUCUUCCUCAAUAAUUUCAUUGUAUUCUGAUUAUCGUGGUGUUCAUAGUUGACUACGAUACAGAGAGGCCUGUGUGUCGACCAAGUAUGUUGUAGACAUCAGUGCAUUUCCAAAAAGGGUUCUUUCUCAAUACGUGACUCGAUAAGCCAUUACAAGGUAAUGAACACACAUACAUCAAAUGACAUCCAACUGCCAGAAUGUGACAGCAGCUGUGGCAUGAUACAGCUGCAUAGGAAUAGUGAGUAUCUGGUUGUGGUAGUCCAAAUACGAAGGAAGCGUUCAAGUCUAACAUUCCACAGAAAAGGCUUACACGAUGGCACGUGUUUUGUUGAGAUAUGGAUAAGUUUAUUGAACUCUCCACCAGUGAGAUACGAUGCUAGCCUUGUGCGAAUCACUCAUGCUCAGUUUGAAAUCAUACAUGACUCGGACAGUUAGCUUUUAGUUUCACACGUAGGGGGAAAAGCACAUAUCGCAUAUCAGGCAACGGCUUACCUUAAUUUAUUAUGUACCUAAUACGGAGGAAGCUUUUGUACUGGCAAUGCCCGACUCGGAGCGUUUGCAAUUUCCACGCAUCUGAGAAUGCAGUGCAUUUGCAAGCCGUGACUAUUGGGAAGAUUCAAAGAAAUAUUUGAGUGAUAAUCAAGUUAGUUGAAAUAGAUAGAGAACUAUGAAUAUAAAUGCGUACCUAAGUCAGAGCAAGUAUACUUUACUGUUCUAAAUAAUGUCAGCUGUUUUGGAUAAUCGCACAAGGCUGCUCAACACUUUUUCUUGGAGUGUAUACGUUUCCAAAGAACACUAAACGUUACCUCGAUGUUGAGUGUUGGCAGCAGCGCAUAAGGAAAGUUAGACCUGCGGCUGCAACAAUUAUUUGAUCUGAUAUCUAUGAAUGUGUUAUAGUAUUGCCCUCUUUGAUUGAUUCUUUGGCAGUUUAGUGCUCGCGACUUUCGUGAUAAGUGAGGUGCCUAGUCUGUUGAUACUUUUGUUUGCUUUGCCCAUCCCUGAGCAUCAACCACAGCUGCAAAGAUUUGUUAUUCCUUGUAUGAUUUAUACCAGUUAUUACUAAAUUAACUUUGGGAAUAAAUGCUUUGGAAAACGCGA